AUUAGAAUUUGAUUUGAUUCGUCUUUCUCUCUCUCUGACUCGAAAUUUUGCCGAUCUGGAAAUGGCGACGGCAACGUACCCUCCACCGCCACCUUAUUACAGACUUUACAAAGAUUACUUGCAAAACCCUAAGUCUGCUCCCGACCCUCCACCGCCUAUUGAAGGCACUUAUCUUUGUUUUGGAGCCAAUUACACCACUAGUGAUGUUCUACCAACCUUGGAAGAACAAGGGGUGCGCCAGCUCUAUUCUAAGGGCCCUAAUGUUGAUUUCAAGAAGGAGCUGAGGUCACUCAACGGAGAGUUGCAACUACACGUUUUGGAGCUUGCUGAUAUUCUUAUUGAGAGACCUUCACAGUAUGCAAGGAGAGUAGAAGAAAUUUCAACAGUAUUCAAAAACUUACACCACCUUUUAAAUUCAUUGCGUCCUCAUCAGGCGAGAGCAACAUUGAUUCAUAUUUUGGAACUUCAGAUACAGCGCCGUAAACAAGCAGUGGAGGACAUAAAGAGGUUGAAAAUGGUGAUUUCUAUUUUAACGGGACGAAUGUGAUCAACCCCAAAUCUUCUAGGGACCAAAAUGAUGUUUGACUUGUUCUUGUCAUUAUUAGUCUUUUCUAUUCUAACUUAAUCUCUAUUUGCAGGAGGAGAGAAGAAGCACGAAGGCUCCUUAACGAGUCCUUGGCAACACUUGAUGGCCAUUAGAGCAUUCUAUCUUGUAUUCACAGCAAGAAUCUACUGAGGAAAUUAAUUUUAUUUGAAAAAUGAAUUUGGACCUCUAGAUUUUAACAAAUGAAAAGAUUAAAACAAGUUGUGCAGCUUCCUCAAAAAUGGUCACUUGACAUAACUGGCUCGCGCUUGUUCUUCUUGAUGAAGGCUGUUUUGCAGCAUGCAUGUGCAGAGAUAUUAGAAACAGAAGAAUUGUUAGUAGUGUAUAAAGUCUUAACUAUUAAUGGAUGGACCUAUCAGAUUGUUGUCCACAUUACCAUCAUUAUUUAUAUCAAUUUAGGAUAGUGUUAUGACGAGUUUUUCUUAUUGAAUAUUAUUUAAAUACUAUUAUAGUACCCUUCUUUCUUUCAA